UUAAUAUUUAAUCCUGUUUUCUUGGUCUGUUGGAGAAUCACAAUGCACGUCGAAGCCUGAUAGCUCAUCUUCAAAUAUAUAUCUCUUCUCCCUUCAUUGUCUGAAAUAUCCAUCAAACACCGCAAUCCAUUUUUUUUCUCCAAUUUCCAAAUCAUGCACUGCGUCCCCCCUCCAGCUACUAGAUUGUAAUUGAGCAAAUUCUUCGAUUCUGGUUGUGUUGAUGAUUGCGUCGUCUCCUUCAUCCUUUACAAUUGUCGUCGAACGUCAACUCCAAAGAACGAUUGGAUGAGGCUCUUAGCAGGAAGAAGCAGUGAUUGUGUAAGCUAGGAUCAUAGAAGAAGGAUCGGCUUCCAACAUUUGGCGUUUUAGUUUCACAUAGUAAAAAUGGGGGUGGAUUACUACAAUAUAUUGAAGGUUGUUAAAAAUGCUACAGACGAUGACCUGAAGAAGUCAUACAGAAAGUUGGCCAUGAAAUGGCAUCCUGACAAGAAUCCCAACAACAAAAAAGAAGCUGAAGCCAAAUUCAAGCAGAUCUCAGAUGCCUAUGAGGUACUAAGCGACCCUCAGAAGAGGAUGAUCUAUGAUCAGCAUGGAGAGGAAGGGUUGCAAGAUAUGCCACCGCCAGGGAAUGGACCAUCAAGUGGGUUUAAUCCCAGAAACGCUGAGGAUAUUUUUGCAGAAUUCUUUGGGAGUAGCCCUUUUGGAUUUGGAUCGUCUGGACCAGGCAAGUCCAUGAAGUACCAACCGGAAGGGCCUGGAAUAUAUGGUGGUUUUGGCGGAGGCGACAACAUUUUUCGUACAUGCAAUGAAGGUAAGCAAAUGCCGAAAAAACCACCAGCUGUGGAGAGCAAACUGCCUUGCAGCCUGGAGGAGUUAUACUCUGGAUCCACUAGGAAAAUGAAGAUCUCAAGGACUAUUGAUGCCAACGGACGGCCAGUCACAGAAACAGAGAUGCUAAGCAUUGAUGUAAAACCGGGGUGGAAGAAAGGGACCAAGAUCACUUUCCCAGAUAAAGGGAAUCAACAGCCAAAUCUACUUCCAGCUGACCUGGUGUUUGUGAUUGACGAAAAGCCUCACGAUCUGUACACGAGAGAUGGCAAUGACCUGAUUGUGAGCCUAAGGGUGUCGCUAGCAGAGGCAAUAGGAGGAACAACAGUGAACCUCACCACCCUUGAUGGACGGAGUCUAUCAAUACCAGUGACUGACAUUGUGAGCCCUGGUUAUGAGCUUCUUGUUCCAAAGCAAGGGAUGCCAAUAGCAAAGGAGCCUAGGAACAUGGGUGAUUUGAAGAUCAGAUUUGAGGUCAAGUUCCCAACACGGUUGACGCCAGAGCAACAAGCAGGGCUCAAACGCGCAUUGGGAGGUUAAGCAUCCUCUUUCUUCAAGUCUUUGCCUUGGACUCACCUACACAGGCUGAUGUCUGCACGCUGGGAAUUGCAAGCCCCCAUUCCUGUUCUAUGGUAUUUAACAAUUCUCGAGUGUAAUUUUGUGUAACAUGGCCCAUCUUAUUGUAAUGUUAUGCUAAAUCAUCCAUACUUGUAUGUAUUUAAUGAUCUCAUGUGUCGA